CAGAGAGCAAAGAAAGCAACAACAGAAGAGACGGAGGGAUUCGAAGAGCAGGAAAAAGGAGAAGAGGACGGAAGGAGAUCUGCUCUUCUCUCAGAGGGAGGAAAACGGCAUCUCCACUCGUCCUUCCUCUCUUGUUCCUCCACUCUCAGCUCCUUCCUGCAGCCUUUUGGAAUAACACCAAGAGACUGAGAGAUGCAGGAGGAGACGCAGAAGAGGACGGUGGAGAUGAAGAGAUGACGAGUGUGUGUGACAGGCUUGCGUGCUGUGUGAAGGAGCGUGUGUGUGGGAGUCCCUGAGCUCCAGCUGUCCUUAACCAGAUGGAAUCUGGCCCGGCUGGUUGGCAUGGAGAUGGAUGCGAGGUGCCUCCUCGCUCAGUGGACUGCUGCUAGCAAACAAACAACCUCUUGUUCCGAGUCGGCUCUCUGUGUCGCCCGGUGAGUCCGGCAGCUCUGAGCGUGGGCGCUGUGCAUUUAUUGUUUUUUGGAUUCCUUUUUCUCUCUUUCUUGAUAAAGUUCUUGAAAGGCUUUUUUCUAAACUUGACAAGAACUGUUGUCAUCACACACACAGACACAUGCACCAUCUGCCUGUCCUGACUAACACCCCUGUUGAAAGAAACUCUUGAAAGCCGACUCCCUGCAUGUGUUUCUGCACAGAUCUUGGGACCUGGUUACAGCUUGACUCUGAUUAAGCCAGAGGGCCACAAUCUGGAGCCCUCCUCAUUUAUGUUUUGCCUCCCAACAGUUCCUUUCUCCCUUCCUCCUUCCAUCCCCUGAGGCCCCAUUGCCAUCAUUAAUUUCUAUUGCGAGCUGCCCUUGAAUAAUGGAGGGGGCAGAGUCUGCUCUGGACUAGUGCCUUAAGGGUUGGAGGCAGGCAGAGAACGCAGGGCGAGAAAACAGAUAAGAGCAGAGCAGCGGAGUGAGAGAGAGGCGGUGGAGGGGUGUGUCCAGUGCUUAACGGAUGAAUGGAAGAGGAGCCAUCGGAGGCCGAGCUCAGGAACGACACCUGCACAUAGGAGGGAAGAGAGGAGAAGAGGAUCUUCACGUCCAGACCACACCUUCCUCCAUAACGAGACGGAAUAAACAAAAGAAAUGAAGGAAGGGAAAACAGAGGAGUGAAACCAGAAGAUUAAACCCCAUCCUUUGCUUUGAUUUUUUCUAUCUUCUCUUAUGGCUCUGAGCAUUUGUUGAAACUAAAUAGAGGCGGUCCGAUGGAAUAUCCCUGAAGCCUGGGAUUGUAUGUUUUUAUAUCCACCUUAAUGAGAAACUCUUUUGACACAGAUUCUCUUUCACUGAACAGAGACGCCUUUGAAGUGUGUACAGGAAUUCUCUUCAAAGAAUCAAACCAGGUCUCCUCUGCUAGAGCCUCAUUUGAAGAUGUGUCAAAGAAAAACCAGGACUCGUAGAGAGGACUCCUUAAAAAGACAACACUCUUCCAAGUAGUGGAUACGUCAUUGGCAUUUCAGCGUGUUUUCAGAUGGCAUGGGCGUUUGUUGACAGUUGAUGGACAAAGAAAGAAGGAGUGGGCUAUGAUGUAACUUCCUCCACAUGGUCAGACUUUUCUAGAAAGUGCCUGAACUUUGUAGCUUUGUAAACACAAACCAAAAAGCAAAAUUGAUCGGAGCUCACAGAGUCAUGGAUGACUCGAGUAUUUUGAGGCGCAGAGGACUCCAGAAGGAGCUGAGCCUUCCCCGAAGAGGCAGUUUCUGUCGGACGAGCAACAGGAAGAGCCUGAUUGUGACGUCCAGCACCUCCCCCACUCUGCCACGACCACACUCACCUCUGCAUGGACACACAGGUACCAGCCCGCUGGACAGCCCUCGCAACUUCUCCCCCAACACAGCUGCACACUUCUCCUUUGUUCCUGCACGCAGUCACGGACACAGGGCUGACAGGACGGAUGGUAGACGCUGGUCUUUGGCCUCGCUGCCUUCUUCUGGCUAUGGCACCAACACUCCCAGCUCCACUGUCUCGUCCUCCUGUUCAUCUCAGGAGAAGCUGCACCAGCUGCCCUUCCAGCCCACACCGGACGAGCUGCACUUCCUCACCAAACACUUCAGCUCCGAGAGCAUCACGGACGAGGAGGGACGCCGCUCCCCCGCCAUGAGACCACGGUCCCGCAGCCUCAGCCCCGGACGCUCACCUGUCUCUUUUGACCAUGAGAUUGUGAUGAUGAACCAUGUCUACAAGGAGAGGUUCCCCAAGGCGACUGCUCAAAUGGAGGAGCGCCUGGCUGAGCUGCUGUCCUCCUCGGCCCCGGAUAAGGUGUACCCGCUGGCAGACGGGGUCCUGAGCUUCAUCCACCAUCAGCUGAUAGAGCUGUCCAGAGACUGCCUGGAGAAAAGCAGAGAGGGCCUCAUCACCUCCCGCUACUUCUACGAGCUCCAGGAGAACCUGGAGAAGCUUCUGCAGGAUGCUCACGAGCGCUCCGAGAGUGUGGAGGUUACCUUCGUCACGCAGCUCGUCAAGAAGCUGAUGAUCAUCAUCGCCCGGCCUGCGCGCCUGCUGGAGUGUCUGGAGUUUGAUCCAGAGGAGUUCUACCACUUGUUGGAAGCAGCAGAGGGCCAUGCCAAGGAGGGCCAGGGCAUCAAGUCGGACAUCCCCAGAUACAUCAUCAGCCAGCUGGGCCUCACCAGGGACCCCCUGGAGGAAAUGGCCCAGCUGAGCAGCUAUGACAGCGGGAACCCAGAAACCCCAGAGACUGACGACUCAGUGGAUAGUCGAGGAACCACAGUCCCAGCAGCUCCACCGCAGACUAAGACCAAAACCCCCCGGGAGGAGGACUUUGAAAACAUCAAGCUCAUCAGUAACGGAGCUUAUGGUGCCGUGUUUCUGGUGCGACACAAGGAAACCCGGCAGCGUUUCGCCAUGAAGAAGAUCAACAAGCAGAACCUGAUGCUGAGGAACCAGAUCCAGCAGGCCUUUGUGGAGAGAGACAUCCUGACGUUCGCCGAGAACCCGUUCGUUGUCUCCAUGUUCUGUUCUUUUGAGACCAGGAGGCACCUCUGCAUGGUGAUGGAGUACGUGGAGGGCGGAGACUGCGCCACGCUGCUGAAGAACAUCGGCGCUCUGCCGGUGGAUAUGGCUCGUAUGUACUUCGCAGAGACCGUCCUCGCGUUGGAGUAUCUCCACAACUACGGCAUCGUACACAGAGACCUCAAACCUGACAAUCUUCUCAUCACGUCCAUGGGACACAUCAAGCUGACGGACUUCGGUCUCUCAAAGAUCGGUUUGAUGAGUUUGACCACGAACCUGUAUGAAGGACACAUUGAGAAAGACACCAGAGAGUUCCUCGAUAAACAGGUGUGUGGUACUCCAGAAUACAUUGCCCCAGAGGUCAUUCUGCGUCAGGGCUACGGGAAGCCAGUGGACUGGUGGGCAAUGGGAGUCAUUCUGUAUGAGUUCCUGGUGGGCUGCGCUCCCUUCUUCGGAGACACACCGGAGGAGCUGUUUGGUCAGGUGAUCAGUGAUGAAAUCAUCUGGCCGGAGGAAGAUGAAGCUCUGCCUCAGGAGGCUCAGGACCUCAUCUCCAAAUUGCUGAGACAAAACCCACUGGAGAGGCUGGGCACAGGAAGUGCCUUUGAGGUGAAGCAGCACCCAUUCUUCACAGAGCUGGACUGGAACAGCCUGCUGAGACAGAAAGCAGAGUUCAUCCCCCAGCUGGAGUCAGAGGACGACACCAGUUACUUUGACACUCGAUCAGAUCGGUACCACCACGUGGAUUCAGAGGAGGAAGACGACACCAACGAUGACGAACACGUGGAGAUUCGACAGUUCUCCUCCUGCUCGCCACGUUUCAGCAAGGUGUACAGCAGUAUGGAGCGUCUGUCUCUGCACGAGGAGAAGAGGACUCCUCCUCCCACCAAACGCAGCCUCAGUGAGGAGGGAGGAGAUCGUAUCGACAGCCUGAGCGGACUCAAGUCCAGAGAUCGAUCCUGGCUGGUGGGAUCUCCAGAGAUCCUGCGGAAGCGUCUGUCCGUGUCAGAGUCUUCCCACACAGAGAGCGACUCCAGCCCGCCUCUGACAGUCCGAAGGCGUUGCUGCUCCGCCAUCAUUGAGAUGCCACGAUUCGCCAUCUCCUCUGAGGAGGAAGGAGGCCAAGGGCAAGGUGGAAGUCGUAAGAGCCCCAGCCUGCUGGGUCCGAGUGCAGUGAGGGGCCCACGCGGCGACGAGCUGCCCCUCGCCAUCCCAGAGCUCCCGGUGGAGAGAGAGCUGAAGCUGGACGAGUCUCCCACCACCCCGAGCUCCACCUCCAGUCAGCUGAGCAAGGCCACGCUCACACCGGGCAGCUCAGGCGAUGUGUGUGAACGUGGUAAUGGUAACAAUGGCGGUGCCGGUGGAGCUGCUAAAGGUGCAGCAGACAGCGACUCUCCAGCGACUCCAAAAGCCAUCAGUGACCUGGCAGCUCGCCGCGCUCGCCACCGACUGCUGUCCGGAGACACAGACAAACACACGACGACUCCCAGCUCCAGGCCGCUCAACAAGGUCAUCAAGUCGGCCUCCGCCACCACACUGUCGCUGAUGAUCCCUGCAGACCACCACGGAGCCUCCCCAUUGGCCAGCCCAAUGUCACCCCACUCACUGUCGUCCAACCCGUCAUCACGAGACUCCUCUCCAAGCCGGGACCUGUCCCCGGCCGUGAGCAGCGUCAAACCAGCCAUCGUGAUCCACAGGGCAGGCAAGAAGUACGGCUUCACCCUGAGAGCCAUCAGAGUCUACAUGGGAGACUCUGACAUCUACACAGUGCAUCACAUGGUCUGGCAUGUGGAGGAAGGGGGUCCUGCCCACGAGGCAGGGCUGAGGGAGGGAGACCUCAUCACCCACGUCAACGGAGAGCCGGUCCAUGGUCUGGUUCACACAGAGGUGGUGGAGCUCAUACUGAAGAGCGGCGCUAAAGUGUCCAUCUCUGCCACCCCGUUUGAGAACACGUCCAUCAAAGUUGGCCCCGCCCGAAAGACGGGCCACAAAUCCAAGAUGGCAAGACGCAACAAGAAGACCAAGAACAAGGAGGGGCAGGAGAGUAAGAAGAGGACGUCUCUGUUCAGGAAGAUCACCAAGCAGGCGUCUCUGCUCCACACCAGCCGCAGUCUGUCUUCUCUGAACCGCUCCCUGUCCUCCGGGGAGAGUGGCCCCGGCUCACCGACACACAACCUGUCGCCAAGGAGCCCAACACAGGGCUAUAGGUCCACACCAGACUCCGCCCACUCAGUUGGUGGAAACUCAUCCCAGAGCAGCUCCCCCAGCUCCAGCGUCCCAAACUCCCCAGCGAGCUCUGGCCACAUCCGGCCCAGCUCUCUGCACGGCCUCGCCCCGAAGCUGCAGCGCCAGUACCGCUCCCCCCGACGCAAGUCUGCCGGCAACAUCCCCCUCUCCCCUCUGGCACGCACGCCUUCCCCCACCCCUCAGAGCAGCUCCCCGCAGCGUUCUCCCUCCCCUCUGCCCAGCCACGCCCUGGGGCAGUCCGCCGUGGGCCAGUCGUUCCCCGUGAAGCUCCACUCCUCCCCUCCCCUAGUGAGGCAAAUAUCCAGACCCAAGAGCGCCGAGCCCCCACGCUCUCCACUCCUCAAGAGGGUGCAGUCGGCUGAGAAGCUGGCCGCCUCCCUCUCUAACUCGCCCUCGUCUCCCUCCGGGGUGGCUGCGGCGGGGGAGAAGAAGCUGGCGGUGGGAGCGGCUGUAGGGAGCCGUAAACACAGUCUGGACAUCUCACACUCAGAGUUUAAAAAGGAGAUUCUGCAGCGGGAGCCGAGUCUGCAGAGCCUCCAGGAGUCAGCCAGCGAGGGUCUGCUGUCCUCAGCGGGACGCGGUGUGGAGAAGGGCAGCCUGCAGAAACACUCCUCCUCAUCGAGGAAAUUGGGACGUCAGGAGGGGGACAGCGCCCUCAUCACGGUGUCCGGCUCGCUGGGCCUGGCCCCAGGGAAGAGCAAACUGAAGGACAAGCUCUCGGCCAUCCGGCAAGACAGAGCCGAGCGGCGGGAAUCGCUGCAGAAGCAAGACGCCAUCCACGAGGUGGAUUCAUCUGAGGACGAGACAGACGAGGGCUCAGAGGACAGCCAGGACGGACGCAGGGGGACCACCUUCACCCCUCCUCCCCUGCUCAGGCCCACCACUGUGAGAACAGGCCCUGGAGGCACCCUGCCGUCCCUCUGCCUCUCCCCCUGCACCCCUCACGCCACAUUCACCCACACAGGGCCCUCACAGGUAGGCAGGCCCACGCCCUCACACACCCUCCCUUCCGUGACAGAGAUGAAGCCCGGUCAGAGCUCCUCCUCCUCCUCUGGGCUCAAAGAUGGAUGCUCUGCCCCAUCCACAGAUGGUGUGAGACAAGAGAGGAAAGUUCUGGAGCAGAGCGGGACCACAAAACCCCCUCAGGGCCCCCUUCCCUUCUCCACUCCAGGCAGUGCAUUCAUCUCAGUCAGCAAGGACACUUUCCUCAAGCCGAGUCCCCCACAAGACUUGAAGAGUCUCAGGGGGAAAACUGUCCCGUCAGAGUCCAGGGCUGAAGACCAAACCCUGGACAGCCCUAAAACCACAGUCCCAUCCACCACAAUCACUACAAGCUCCCCUGAGUCCAGAACCACAAGUACCACAGACUGCCAAACCACUGACACCCGAGAGACCGCCCGCACCUCCUGCUCCUCCCCAGGCAUCCCCAAGGAGAAGAAAGAGGCCGACAACCGGAGACUGUGUGCAGCCGCCGCCGCAAGUCUGAGCGCAUCGCCAUCAUCCACCUCCAGCUCCAACUCCAGCUCCAGCUCCCCAGUCCUGCUCACUGAGAGCAGCGUGGACAAAGUGGUGUCCCAGUUGGCGAUGGUGGCCAAAAGUGUUCUUGGUCCGGUCAAACUCAGCACGGGUGCAGACAAGAGCCAGAAGGACCAGAAACCAUCCAGAGGGGUCAUCCCAGAAGCCCCCCCAACUGACCUUCUCUCACUCCCCCCCAAACAGCUUCCAACCCCUCAGAUGCCUCACCCGUCAGAGUCCCCCACCAGACAGAAAAAUGAAACCACCUCGCAGAGUUCGGCCAAGCCCUCUACCCAAAAAGACUACCCAGCCCCGGCGCCACCACCAAGACCCACAUCAGGGUCUGCAGGGACGAAGGGUGCUGACCCCUCUGUGUCUGCACAGCGACCGGUUGCAGCAGCAGCGGCAGCAGGUCAGACCGCCCUCUGCACGAGCCUCCCCAUCUCUGCAGCAUCUGAGCCACAGCGCAAGAGGUCCGAACCCCAGACGACAACUGCCGCCGCCGCCGCAGCCAACGCCACGUCCACCUCCUCGCAACAAGACAAAGCAACCAGCAAGAAGACGUAGCAGCAAAACGCAAAGAACCAGAACAAAUGUACAGAUCACAGCACUCCGUGCUGACUGGAGGUUUUAAAACUCACACAAACUGCAUGUUUGGAAGAAAACUACAUAUUAGUAACUUCGCACUAACCAGAGAGUUUGACUUUCGAAGCAGAGAGAAAGGUGUAGAGAAAGAUGGAGAGCUAUCAGAGGCAGUGACAGAUGUGGUAGUCCUAGUUCCAUUCCAGCUGUUCUGUGCUCUUUAUGUUUGUGUGAGUUACUUGUGGUUACUGGUGUCCUGACGCUUUGGUUCCUGCUAAACGCCAUGAGGAGUCGGCGUUCUCUCUCUUUCUGUAAGGGGCCAGAAGUAAAGAGCUCAGUGGUUUUAAAAUGUAGACACAUCACACUCAGCUUUCUCUCUCUCACUCAUGGUCUUCUUCUGCCUCAUUAAUUUUCUCCUUGAUGUUUAGUAGAGCCUAUUCCUCCCCGUCCCUCCUCGCCCUGACGUCUCCUCAGCCAUGACUGGAAGAAGAUUGUAUCUCAGCAAUACAGCGUCCAAUCUGUGUAAACGCAUUACAGUGUGUUUAAUAAGAGUAAAUCUGCACCGUCAACGUACACUCAGCACCCAGCUAACUGGGCCAAAUUCAAUUCUUCCUCUCGCCGUCGUCACCGAUGAGCCGACUCUGCAGGUCCUGUGAAGGGGGAUGUUUUCCCUGAGCGCAGGCUGCAGGUGCGGUUCAGCCUUUUGAAGAGAUUCCUCUGAAUGCCAUUGAUGGAUUAGUUUGACUCUGAAGAUGUGUAAAUGUGAGAUGCAGAUUUUCCCAAAUCAGUCUGAACUCAAAAUGUAACUUAGCACUGACUAGGAGGCAGCUUCAGUUCUCUCCAAGUUAAUUCUCAAAUGUUUGGAAAGCACUGACAGCCGGGGAACCUGGAAAAAUUACUUCUUGCUCAACGUUGAUCAUGAGCUAAGAUGCUACAGGGUUGUGUUUAAGGAGUUUUCAGCUCUGACACAAACAAAUCUCUUAUCAAAUGUUUUAAUCUACUUUGGCCAUUUUGAUUAGUGAAGAGCAGUGACCGCCAUAGAUAUUUAGUUUCCUCCUAAUGCUGAAGCCAAACCUAAACGUCUCUAAUAAGGGAUUCAAGCUGAUUCAGUACUGGAUUCAGAUUCAAGCCCCAACCCAGCAUAUUAACAUGAGCACGAUUACACAUCUCUGUUAGCAGAGUUAGCACGGCUGUUUUAACUCUGACCUUUGCCAGUGUUUUAGUUCCAAACAGAGAUGAAGCCAAGGAUUUAAAUAAUUGUAUUGGGUGAGUCGCCUCUAGACGCAGACGUAGCUUCUCCACACUGACACUCAACACUGAUCAGCUGACCUGUCACCACCAGCUGUUUAUUUCUGGCCCCAUCGGCCUCUGAAGGCUGCAGAUGUUUUAUUUGGUAUCUGGACCAACUUGCUGUGUUUUUUUGUUUUUUUUUUUGCCUCUAAUCCUGUAAAGUUAUCAGACUUUACUUUGUAUAUGUGUGUGUGUGUGUGUGUGUGUGAGGGAGAGAGAGAGCGAUUGUUAAUUUGUGCAUGGUUAUGUAUAUAUAUAAGAAUAUUUAAAGUUUUGUUGUGCAUCUGUUUUAUACCCCGUGUGUGUGUGCGUGUGUGCGCGCGCGUGUGUCUGUGUGUGUGUGUGUUGAGCUCUCGUGUGUGUCCGUGUCACACGUUAUGGUUCGGCACAUUACUUUUACAUCAUUAGUCUGAUUUAAAAAUGAGCUAGUGGAGACGUUUGACCACUGACAGUCGUGUGUUGGGUUGGAGCUCAGUUCUACUUUCGCUUCAGUAGGUAAAAACAAAAUGCAGUGAACCUGUUGAUUUCAAUUCCUCCUGUUUUUUGUUUCUUGUUUCUUAGAUCCACCACCUUUAUUUUCCUCCUUCAUUCCGACCGUACCUUUUAAAGCAAGAAACCGUUUGCAGUUAGUUUUUUUCUUUGCUUUGUUUCAAGUCAUGUUUUGAAGAAAGUCGACUUCACACACCCAGCCUGAUGCAGGUGUGAGUCCACUCGUGUUGUACAUGGAAACAUCCACUGCUGUGUUUCCAGACAGCAGGUCGACGCUCUCGUUGUGAGUUUAAGAUGAACUAAACCUCCCUCAGUAUUUGAGUCGUCACUGAGUUUGUGUCACUGUCGGAGCGACACAGACUCCAGUUUAAAGGACGCUGUUAAACUGACAUCAGCACUGACUCUGUGUUAUGUUUACAUGUUGUUUAUGUUCCUUUUCGUGUUUUUUUUUGUUUUGUUUUUUUUGUCAAUGGAACUUGUUGCCUGUAGCAAUCAAAUCUCCUCUGGCAGACAAACUUGUCCACGUGUUGUAGGCGACUCCUGAUCAUCAUGUGGUGUGUUGAUAUUUUGUGCAAUGAGGAUGAAGAGGAGGAAGAGUCAGUGCACAUAUGUCAAAUUCAUCUCCGCUGUUGUGCGUGGCGGCAGCACUCUGCGUCUCGUGGGGGUACAGAAGUGUGUUAACAGGUGUGUGUCUGUGGGAUAGAUCGGCGGCGCUCAGACUCAGGGGGGCAGGGAGCAGAUUUAUCUGCAGAGUGCUUCGGCCAAUCAGACAGUCAGGAAGAUGACUCUUGAUUUCUCUCUUCGGUGGCGUCAGACUUGAACAGAAUCAUUUUUUUCAAAUUAACCCACUACAUUUUAAUGUCAUUCACACGCCUCGCCUCUUACUGUGGUAUGAAACCAGGACAAUGAGACUCACUCACUUUUAUGACUCUGCUCAGAAACCAAAGAGAUGAGUCUGCAGCUCAGACCUGAGUGUGAACAUGGACAGAUUCUAUUUCACUGUACAUGAGGACAGAAAUGCGAGUUUUGAGCCCCAGUAGAGUCGGACUUUGACGCCAGUUUUUGGUUCAGAUCAAAUUCCAGGAUCUGACGUAUUUAAAUUAGCUUGUAUUUGAGGCUAACGAAGAUUCAGAUUUCCUGUGUUCGCUGCUUCAGAUUUGACCGUUUGUUUUCUUGUCAUGCACAAGUGAAGUUUGUGUUCACUAGUUAGAGUCCACCCUCCGAAGUCUGGAGCCUCAUUGGCUCUUUCUUUGGUUUAAAAGACUUAAACUGUAGAAAAGAGGUUAUGAUACUUUCUGGCACAUAAAAUCAGGUUCUUGUUCGUUCUUGUCGAGAGCCGCAACCGAAAUGUAAAAACCUGAGUGUGUUUGUGUGUAAUCACACACACCAUCCAGACCAUCUGCUCUCAGCUGGUCCUCCUAUUAAUGCUACAUGGACAGCCGCCGAAUACACACACACACACAGAUGAAAAUGUAUGCCAUCUUAUCUCGUGGUGCCAGUUUUACCGUCUCCAGUGAUCGUAUAAACACACACACACAAACACUCUCUCACUCAAUCACUCACUCACUCGCUCUCUCCUGUGUAUAAAGAUGAUGGUCCAGCCAUCUGCUCGAGAGUGAAGCAAGUGUCAUUUUCCCUGGUGGAGUCGUUAAUCUCAAGCCCCGAGUCUGUUGACCACACACACACACACACACACGCACACACACAGGGUCAGGUUGGCCAACAACAACACUACCCAGCAUCCCUCAGCCUCCUCUGUCCUGUCCCGGUCGGCUCAGCAGUUACACUCGGCACUUCGUUCGACCACCAGCCUGUGUUUACCCAUCAUGCACCUCUGCUGCUCAGUGGUAAACAACCACAAACCAGACACACACUGCUGCAGGGUUCAUUAAACCUCUGAGACACGUCAGGAUUUGUUUGUUACUCAUCAGAAUUCAAGAUCAAUUCAAUUCUAGUGACAAUGAAAUACAACAAAUAUUUUUCAACACUAAAGUUCUCAAAUGAUAUAUGUACAAACAUUAGCAUCUGUACAAUCUGUGCUUCGCCCCCAAAAAACUAUAAAACUGACUGAAAUUUUGAUUUUAAUCAGGAACUCAAAGAAAAGAUUAAAUAAGAUUAAAGAUUUGACCAGCACUUCAGAACCAAACGCUGUUCUUUAUUCAAACUGAAACUCAGCAAAGUUCACUACAGUUCACCUGAAAAUGGAGCAUCAUCUCGUCAGGCUCCAUCGACCUAUUCGCAUCAUACACCAUCAUUUUUCUUUAAGAUAAACCAUGAAGAAGCUGUAACUCUAAGAUCCUGAUUUGUCCUGAUAAAGAAAUGCAAAAGUGAUUUUAGCCCAAAAAAAAAAAAUCAACAAAAGCAAAUACAAAUACGAAAUUCUUUAUUUUUUUGCUCAAAAAGUGAGUAGCUUUUCAUUUAUUUUCAUGCAACUUGUCCUGUUAAAACCUGUCAAACAAAACUUCACAGAGCUGCAGCUAAAAAACUGGAACUGAAAACUUAGUUGAGGCGACAAAUCUCCGACUCAAAUCAUUUCUUUCCCAUCGUAGAAGUUUUGUCAUUGAUGAAAAUGUUAGUAUGUUUUGUGGAAAUCUGUUAGCCGACACUUUCAAGUAAAGGAGCCCGUCUUUCUCAAAGGAGCUCAGAAUUUGCAAAAACAGCUGCAGGAAAUUCACAAACUGAUCAAAAUCCAGAUGUUGAGCUUAAAUCUCACUUUGUCCGUCGACGUUUUGUUUUUCCUCCGCUGUACUUUUCUCUGUUUUUAAACCUGUUGUGUGUUGAGGAUGCCGUCUCUGCUUGCGCUCAGAUACCAGAUCUUGACUGUCUGAUUGAUUAGUUCAAGUUUUGGGUUUGUCACUAAUCAGCUUCUGUACAUCUCUGACUCUGAGCAGGAAGAGUCACGGUUCAGUCUCUGAGGCACAUAGAUGAUUUAAAUAUGUGACUGUGGGUAUGAGGUGAAGCCUUACUACCACUGAGGCAUACACACACACACGCACACGCACACACACACACACACACACACACACACGCAUAUUCUGAACCACGAUUAGAUGAGAUUCAGUGAUGUUUCGACGUGCAGUCCGUUAAGCUUCUGUCUGUGUGAGGAGGCCGUUUCUGUCUUUUAUUAACUUGACUCUUGCAGACAACGGCAAUGUUUCCAAGCUGUGUGUUGUGUGUUUGUCUGAGUGAUGAAGAGGAGGAGGAAGAUUCAGCUGUGCACCAUAAAAGCUUGAGAAAGACAUUAAGGAAGAGAGAGAAAAAAAACAUUGCUAGAGUAAAACCAGUGCAAUAUCUUUUUAUUUUUUAUUGUGGUAAAAGCAUGUUGUUGUCAAUCUUACCUUACAACAAUAAUAAAGUUUUUUUUAUGUA